AUGGAUAAGACUUGGAUGAAAUUUCCUAGGAAUAGCAAAACGUAUUUGGAUGGACUGAAAAUGUUCCUUGAUUUUGCUUUCUCCAAAGAAAACACAAGUGUUAAUGGAAUGAUAUUGUGCCCCUGUAAGACAUGUAAAAAUGGGAUUUGCCUACCAAGGGAAGAUGUAGAAGUUCAUUUAAGGUGUUUAGGAUUUAUUAGGGGCUACACUCAAUGGAUAGCUCAAGGUGAAACCUCUAAUUUUACAACUCCCAAUUCAUUUUUUAAUGAGCCUAGUGAUGGGGACAAUAUGCAAGAAAUGCUUAAUGAUGCAUUUGGAGUACCAUACGAUGAUGUUGAAAUAGGAGAGAAUGAGGCUGAUGAAAUUGAAGAACCAAACUCAAAAGCUAAGUCAUUUUACAAGUUAGUUGAUGAUUCCCAGCAAGAACUGUGGCCGGGGUGUAAGAAGUUUUCAAAAUUAUCAUUUCUGGUACGAUUGUAUCAUAUCAAGUGUCUAGGGAAAAUUUCUAAUAAGGCAUUCACCAUGUUGUUGGAGCUAUUGAAUGAGGCAUUCCCAGAAGGUGUGAAAUUACCUAAAUCUAACUAUGCAGCGAGAAGAGUCAUCGAAGAAUUAGGCCUAGGUUAUAAAAAAUAUGAUGCAUGUCCAAAUGAUUGCACUCUUUUCUGGGGCAAAGAUAAAAAUAGUAUACAAUGUGAGACAUGUAGCUCCACUAGAUGGGUAGUUUCAGAUGGAGAUCCUACUGGUGAAAAAAGAAAAGUUCCACAUAAGGUAUUAUGGCACUUUCCUCUAAAGGGAAGAUUGCAGCGUUUAUUCAUGUCUUCGAAAACUGCAUCUUUCAUGAGAUGGCAUGCUGAAAAUCGUACCAAAGAUGGCAAUAUGAGACAUCCAGCUGAUUCUCCAGCAUGGCAGUGCUUUGACUAUAGGAAUCCAGAAUUUGCUAAAGAUCCUAGAAAUGUUAGAUUGGGUUUGGCAUCUGACGGUUUUAAUCCUUUCAAAAACAUGAAUGUUUCACAUAGUACGUGGCCCGUAAUAUUGAUUCCUUAUAAUUUACCUCCUUGGAUGUGCAUGAAGCAGCCUUAUUUUAUGAUGUCGUUGCUUAUACCUGGCCCAUCUGCCCCAGGAAAUAACAUAGAUAUAUACCUGCAACCACUAGUGGAAGAAUUAAAAUAUAUGUGGGAUGUAGGUAUUGACACUUAUGAUGCGUCAUGCAAGCAGAAUUUCAAAAUGCGGGCAUCACUACUUUGGACUAUUAGUGAUUUCCCGGGCUACGCAAACCUGUCAGGUUGGAGUACUAAAGGAAAGCUUGCUUGUCCUGUUUGCAACAAGAAUACUGACUCGCUAUGGCUUAAAAAUUGUGGAAAACAUUGCUAUAUGGGUAAUCGUCGGUUUCUAGAGAAGAAUCACUAUUUUCGAAAUGAUUUGAAGUCAUUUAAUGGGAAUAAAGAAACUAGAGAUCCACCUCGUAGACCGACUGGUUCAAGUAUCUUGGCUGAUUUAGAGGGUUUUGAAAUGAAGUUUGGUAAACUUGUAUCAAAUAAUCCAAAUUUACCUUUUAAUUGGAAGAAGAAGAGUAUUUUAUUUGACCUUCCCUAUUGGAAAGAUAAUUUGUUGCCUCACAACCUUGAUGUUAUGCACAUUACAAAGAAUGUUUGUGAGAGUAUUAUAGGGACUAGGGCUGUCUAA